UUGAGUCUGUGUGUCAUAAUCAGCCAGAUCACUAACAGCAGUAAAAUGGCCAGAGUUUGUCUGCUGGUUUUCAUUGUUGGUCUUCAACUGGGGAUUCCUGGAGCAAGUGCUGAGAUCACAAAAGACAACACAGAAACCGUGUUUAUCUCUCAGCAGACAGCACAUGUGGUGCUGAAACGACAACGGAGAUUCAACAGUGGGCGUCUCGAGGAAAUGCUACAGAAAGACAACCUGGAGCGAGAAUGUAAAGAGGAGCAAUGCACCAUGGAGGAGGCCAGGGAGUGGUUCGAGGAUGAUGAAAAAACUAUGCAAUUCUGGUCCCUCUAUACUGAUGGUGACCAGUGUGAGUCAAAGCCCUGUCAGAAUGGAGGAGUUUGUGAGGAUGGAUUAAGCUCCUAUAAAUGCUGGUGCAAAUCAGACUUUACUGGUAAAAACUGUGAGAUUGAAACGACCAAGCAGUGUUCGAUCAACAAUGGUGGGUGUGCACAUUUCUGCACAAUGGAAGCACGCCGACGAGUGUGUCGCUGUGCAGCUGGUUACAAAGUUGGGACAGACAGAAAAAGCUGUGAACCAACAGGGCCGUUCAGUUGUGGUAUUGUAAGCCUGUCCUCUGGCCUGGUUGCCAGAUCUUUCAGGUGGACACAAUCCUCCAACUCAACUAACUCCACCAGACAGGAUUACGACUAUGAUUACACUGAAGAAAUCGAGGAUUAUCUCAACUCUCUAAUGAACGAAUCAAAACUGUUCAACAACUCAGCGGAUUCUGUAUUAAAUGUCAGCUCAGUCGGGUUGGAUUCAAGUUCCUCCUUAAACCAAGCCGAGACUAUCAACUCUAGAGCAGAGCUAGAUGACAACAAAAGUCCCAGACAAAAGCGUUCCUGGGAUUUGCCUGUGCUCCCCACCAUCGUAGCACAAAAGAAUGAGGACGAGAGGAUUGUUGGUGGAAAUGAAGCCACACCUGGCGAGAUACCUUGGCAGGUGGGCCUGAUGGCUUUUUCAGCCAAGCGAAACAAAACGCUGCCUGUCUGUGGAGGCUCUCUGCUUAGUGAAUUUUGGGUAAUCACUGCAGCCCACUGCCUGGAGGUGGCCAAACAAAAAAAAUACACUAUCUUCGUAAGACUUGGUAAGACAAAACAAAAGAAUAUCUAA